AAUGACAUGGCUCUGGCAGUGCGCUGGACGACUUCUGGGUGGCGCGGCUGGGCGCGCUGCGGCGCGGCACAGACCUGGCCUCGCCCUACGAGCAGCUGAGGCCGCUGGCUGCCAUCGUGCUGCACCCGGGCUACGUGGACGCGGGCUUCAUCAACGACAUCUCCCUGCUGCGGAUGCGUGACCUGGUUUCGUUCAGCGACUACAUUCGGCCAAUCUGCUUGCCCCCGCCGACGGCUAUCCUGAAGGACGGCACCAUGUGCACAGUCGUGGGCUGGGGUCAGCUGUUUGAAGUUGGGCGCGUGUUCCCCGACACGCUUCAGGAGGUCCAGUUGCCGACCAUCUCGACAGCCGAGUGCCGGCGGCGCACGCUGUUCCUGCCCCUGUACCGCGUCACGGACAACAUGUUCUGCGCGGGCUUCGACCGCGGAGGCCGCGACGCUUGCCUCGGCGACUCUGGCGGUCCCCUCAUGUGCCAGGUGGGUUGGCGAGCCGGUGGCUAAUCGACCCCACAAUGA